CUAAUGCUUCAGAUACCCUUCCAGAAAAUUUAGAAAGUAUUAACAAAGAUCCUUCAAAAAAGAAUGAUUCUUCAAAUAUAGGAGAUGGUCCAAUGGAUCUUUGCAUAAAAAUUCCUAACUUGUAUCGUUUGCUUGAUUUACGGAAAGAUAUGGGAUCAAAUGGCUUUACGGUUGACAAGAUCAUUAUUUCUCAAAAUUCUUUGAAGAAAUUCUGUAAUGAUAUGGUGCCAAAUUGGUUUAAAUCAAUUUCAGAAAUCGAUUUUAAGUCUUUGAAUUCUAAAUCAAUUAAUAUUAUUGGAGUUUACGGAACUCGUGAUAGUAUUGCAAAAUAUUUGUUCCAAAAAAAGUUUAUUGAUGGAAAAAU